CAGUCCUCAUGGAACUGCAAUGGUCCAGGUUUUAAGUAUAUCCAUGCUUGGCCACAGGUGACUUAAUCAGCACCUCAGUCAAUUUGAUGUAACCAUCUGUGCUGAGCCCGGGACAUACCUAAACCCUGGACUGUUGGGGUGCCUUGAGGACUGCGUUUGGGAACCUCUGCCCUAUAGGCACCAUCUCCUCAUAAAUCUUUGGGGGCCUCUCACGGACACCUGGAGAACAGAGCAAAUCUCCCGAAGCCCGCUCACGGCCGCCCACUUGCUGAGUGGUUCGGCGGCAUGAUGAGGCGAUUUAAUUCAUUUUAGUUUAGUGAGGUACUGUAAAAAAAACUUGCAUACCUCAUGCCCAAUUUAGGAUUACCAGAGGGUCACUCACACACUCCACACACCUCACAUACUCACCACUGCUGCAGAGGACCCAGCUUCCGACGCUGGCUGCAGAAGACCCUUCUUCAGAAGGUGGCGUCUCAGCAAUAAUGGGCGACAUAGAAAAGUUCCAGUUUGCCAUAGACCGUGGUGGGACAUUCACGGAUGUGUUUGCCCGAUGUCCUGGGGGAAAGGUUCGUGUGAUGAAAUUGCUGUCCGAGGACCCAGCAAACUACAAGGACGCUCCCACCGAGGGCAUCCGGCGGAUCCUAGAGGAGGAAACAGGUUGUACCGUUCCCCGGGACCACCCUUUGGAUACAAAGCAGAUAGAAUGGAUUCGAAUGGGGACAACUGUGGCCACCAAUGCCCUGCUGGAACGGAAGGGGGAAAGGAUCGCUCUGCUGAUAACGAAAGGCUUCAGGGAUCUGCUCCACAUUGGGAACCAGGCGCGACCCAAGAUCUUUGACUUGGAGAUUCAGAUGCCAGAGGUGCUGUAUGAGGAGGUGAUAGAGGUGGAAGAGAGAGUUGUUCUGCUGCAGGAGGGCUGUCGUCUCCCCAAGGACCCUUCUCUGAAUACAUACAUAGGGUCCACGGGGGAUUCUCUUGAGGUCUGGAAGCCAGUCAACCUGGAGCAUCUGAAGAUCAAGCUGCAGGGGGCGCUAUCUCGUGGGAUUCAAAGCCUGGCCGUGGUUCUUAUGCACUCGUAUACGUGGUCAUCACACGAGCAUCAAGUAGGGGAUCUGGCACGUUCCUUGGGGUUCACCCAUGUAUCGCUCUCUUCAGAGGUAAUGCCAAUGAUCCGCAUGGUGCCCAGGGGGUACACGGCAUGUGCCGACGCCUAUCUCACCCCGUGUAUACAGAGAUACCUGGAUGGCUUCCGCAGCGGAUUUCAGAACCAGCUUAAGGAUUUGCCGGUGCUCUUCAUGCGCUCAGACGGAGGUCUGACCCCGAUGCACAGCUUCAGUGGUUCCCGCGCCAUUCUGUCUGGACCAGCAGGGGGAGUGGUAGGUUACGCCAUUACCACCUACCGGCCCGACAAUCCCCAGCCUGUUAUUGGCUUCGAUAUGGGAGGUACCUCCACGGACGUCAGCAGAUAUGCAGGAGAAUAUGAGCAUGUGUUUGAAGCCACCACAGCUGGAAUCAGCAUUCAGGCCCCACAGCUGGAUGUGAACACAGUGGCUGCAGGAGGGGGGUCCAUGCUCUUCCUAAGGUCCGGCUUGUUCGUGGUUGGGCCAGAGUCUGCUGGGGCGCACCCGGGUCCCGCAUGUUACAGAAAAGGAGGACCGCUGACCGUGACAGACGCCAAUCUCUGCCUGGGCCGCCUCCUUCCAGAUUACUUUCCGCGGAUCUUUGGCCCCUCCGAGGACCAGCCUCUCUCCAAGGAGGACACAACCCGCCUGUUCCGGGAACUGACUGAUGAGAUCAACCGCUUUCAGUCUGGCCGGCCUGGGGGCGGAGCUCCGCUCAGUGUGGAGGAGGUGGCCAUGGGUUUCAUCAGGGUGGCCAAUGAGGCCAUGUGUCGGCCAAUCAGAUCACUCACUCAGGGUAAAGGUCACGACACUUCCCGCCAUGUCCUAGCGUGUUUCGGCGGUGCAGGGGGUCAGCAUGCAUGCGCCAUUGCCCGCUCCCUGGGCAUGAAAACGGUGUUCAUCCACAAGUAUGGCGGUGUUCUGUCUGCGUACGGCAUGGCGCUGGCGGACGUGGUACAUGAGGCUCAGGAGCCGUGUUCUGUGGUGUAUAACGCAGAUUCCUUCCCUCUCCUGGAGGAGCGGAUCGCAGCCCUGCAGAGCCAGUGUAUAGAGACCCUCCAGCUGCAGGGGUUCCACCGGUCGCAGAUUGACACAGAGCCUUUCCUACAUCUCCGCUAUGAGCGCACAGACUGCGCCCUGAUGUGCUCGGCGAGGGAGUACCCUGGGAACCCGGACACCUGCCGCAUGGGGGACUUCAGGAAAGCCUUCACUGCAAGGUAUAUGAAGGAAUUCGGGUUCACCAUCCCCUCCCGGGUUAUUGUGGUGGAUGACAUCCGUGUACGUGGAACGGGCAGCACCAGUAUCCGCUGUGAGAAGCGCAUCACGCCCAGCGGUCAGCCGGCUCGCGUGGAGAACGUGACCAGAUGCUACUUUGAAGACGGAUACAGGGACACCAAUGUGUACCUUCUGGAAGACUUGUCAUGUGACCACACCAUCCCAGGACCUGCCAUCAUCAUUGAUAAGAACAGCACUAUUCUGGUGGAACCGGACUGCACAGCGUCUAUUACUGACUAUGGAGAUGUCCAGGUCGUGGUGGGCAGCGGGAGACAACAGGUGAUCGGGCCAGAGCUGGACACCAUCCAGCUGUCCAUCUUCUCCCACCGAUUUAUGAGCAUUGCAGAACAAAUGGGCCGCAUCCUGCAGAGGACAGCCAUCUCCACCAACAUCAAGGAGCGGCUGGACUUUUCCUGCGCUCUGUUUGGUCCUGACGGGGGCCUGGUGUCUAAUGCCCCCCACAUUCCUGUGCACCUGGGAGCCAUGCAGGAGACCGUCCAGUUCCAGAUUAAAAGCCUGCAGGACGAUCUGAAGGAAGGGGAUGUAAUUCUAAGCAAUCACCCGUGUGCCGGGGGCAGUCACCUACCAGAUCUCACGGUUAUUACCCCAGUGUUUCGUGUGGAAGCCCCACGUGCAGUUUUCUUUGUGGCAUCCCGUGGGCACCAUGCUGACAUUGGUGGUAUCACCCCAGGCUCCAUGCCGCCUCAUUCCAAAUCCUUGAAAGAGGAAGGGGCGGUCUUCACGUCCUUCAAACUUGUGAAAGAGGGAGAGUUCCAGGAGGAAGCUGUCACAGAGUCUCUGAUGGCCCCAGGUCUAAUUCCUGGCAGCAGCGGGACACGUAAUCUCCACGACAAUAUAUCGGAUUUGCGGGCGCAGGUGGCAGCCAAUCAGAAGGGCAUCCAGUUGGUGAACGAGUUAAUUGAUGUCUACGGGCUGGCGGUGGUACAGGCUUACAUGGCUCAUAUCCAGGCCAAUGCAGAAGUGGCGGUGAGGGACAUGUUGCGGGAGUUUGCGGAACGAUGGGAGCGUCAGACCGGAACGUUGGAGGUGGAGUCUGUGGAAUACAUGGAUGAUGGGUCACCAAUCAAACUGAAAGUGCGGAUCAACAAAGAAGAGGGCAGCGCUGUGUUUGAUUUCACCGGCUCUGGGCAUGAAGUGUUUGGGAACUCCAACGCCCCCCGUGCGAUCACCCUCUCUGCCCUGAUUUACUGCCUGCGCUGCAUGGUCGGCCAAGACAUUCCCCUGAACCAGGGUUGCCUGGUGCCUAUCCAAGUCAUUAUUCCCAAAGGAUCGAUCCUGGACCCCUCUCCUGAUGCUGCUGUUGUCGGGGGCAACGUACUCACAUCACAGAGAAUUGUAGAUGUCAUCUUCAAGGCCUUUGAAGUCUGUGCAGCCUCACAGGGCUGUAUGAAUAACAUCACCUUCGGUAACCAGAACACCAGUUACUACGAGACGGUGGCUGGCGGUGCCGGGGCUGGCCCGCAUUGGCACGGGAGAAGCGGAAUUCACACUCACAUGACUAACACCCGCAUUACGGACCCGGAGAUUCUGGAGAAACGAUACCCAGUGGUCCUGAAAAGCUUCCAGCUGCGCCCCGGCUCCGGCGGGGACGGGAGAUAUUGUGGAGGUGAUGGAGUCAUUCGGGAGCUGCUGUUUCGGCAGCCGAUCAUCUUGUCCGUUCUAACUGAGCGAAGAGUCUUCCGGCCUUACGGACUCAACGGUGGAUCUCCUGGAGCUGCUGGGCUCAACCUAUUGCAUCGUGGUGAUGGCAGAACCAUUAACUUGGGAGGGAAGACCUCUGUGCCUCUAGAACCCGGGGACACUUUCACCCUUCACACUCCUGGAGGGGGCGGAUAUGGUGUUCUCAAAGAUGGCGGUAACGUCCCGAAGCCCACCCAGAGUCAAAAUCGCAGCUUUGCGGAGCGAGGAAGCGUGUUUGAUUACCGCAUGGCCCAGGAGACUGUGUGAGAAGUGCGCAAUUCAUCAUCUACAGAUACUCGCCGAGCUUCUGCCAAUAUACAGGCCAAGGACAGUCUUCUCUUUAUAAAGGAGUCAACGACUUGUCUCAUUAUCCUGCCAGGUCAAUAAUAUCUGCUGAUACAUGUUGCUUAUAGAUAGAUUUUAAGACUCACCUGUUACACAGUGAUGAAAUUUGCACAGGUAGCCGCAGAAAGGGCUAGACUGGAGUUUCUCAACCUCAAACCUCAAGUUUUCCCAACAGAUCAUGUUUUCAGGAUUUCUGUCUGUGGAAGCAGGUGAAAUAAUCACUGACCCAGCAAAAGAUGAACUCACCAGUGCAUGAUUAAUGAAAUCCACAAAACAUGACCUGUUGGUAGUCCCCGAGGACUGCAGUUCAGAACCAGGGGUCUAGAAGGAAAAGUAACACAUUUCUAAAAUAAAAUUAAAAAAAAUGCAAACAUAUUAUAGUCUUUAUAAAUGACACUCCCAAGAAUAGGUAGGAUAUUUUUUUAUUUUUAUUUAAGUCACGCAAACUAAGCUCUACCCAAUGUGUAAUCCAGUUCUCUUGUUUGUGGCCCCAUCACCUACACCCAGCGGAGGCAGGCAUUCUGAAUGCAGCCUAUCAGUGAACGAGUAACUAGUGGCAUCAUGUUCUCUUAGUUUCCAACGUAUUGAUAGGCAAAACAUGAGUUCAUGUGUGCUCCAGUUUAUACAGAUUACAUUCCCAAUAAUGAUUGGGUCAAAGGGACAGUUUGUUCUGACACCUUAUCCUGCUGUGUAUCUGUGGCAGGAAUGAGAAACUCGCAUCAGUAUAAGGUACUGCUAUUUAGGCUGUAACCAGUGAGGCUGUGCACGUUUCGCCUCGGGGAUGUUGCUAGAUGUUAGGAAAUUCUUAUUCAGCCCACAGUAUGGCUGUCUGUGCUAUGUGUGAGUGAUGGGGACACUUCCAGUUGAUGGGAAGAGAUGGUGACUCAGGCCCAUUGCAGAGAAACGGCACAGUCCUCGUCAUACAGCGCCCGGUGUGAGUGUGAAUGGUCUGGCGUACUGAACGCUGGGCAUAUGCGUGAAGGUGGUAUUUGCAGAUACUGAGAGUUCUACAUGUCCUCAUUUUAUAACAUGACCUAUAACAAUAAUAUUAAUAAUAAACACUUUCAAUAAAAAAAUAAAAAAAAGCUACAGUCUGAA